AAAAUGGAUGUUCCAAUAAAUAACUUCAAGGGAGUAAUGCUUUGUAAUAGGCCAAAUGAAAAUGUUAUGAUAGUAAAGGAGAAGUAUUAAUUAUAAAUAUUUAAUUAGACCUUUCUGUUCUAGAGUUUAACCUUAUGAUCAAUGGGGUUUAACAAAAAAAUAUGAGGAGCCAAAAGUAAUUGUAGCUACAAUGAAUCCAGUUCUAGAAAGACAUAAGAAAUGGCUUGAAGAAUUCAAAUUACAAAACUAAAUGAAAAAAUAUGCCAAAGAAGAGUAAUAAGUUCAAGAAGAUGAAAAAUUUCAAAGAGUUAGAGAUUUAGCCAAGAAAGAUAGAGAAAUGACAAAAAAAAUGAAGGAAGAAUACAAAUAAAUCAAUGAAAUUAUCAAGAAAGAGUUACAUGAAGAUGUGCCGAAAAGCAAAACGUGAGGCUGUUAUCUUAAUUUCAAGAGUAUAAUUGACUGCCGAAAAUCUUAAGAAAUUAGAAGAGAGAGAUACCAUAAAAUAGUAAGAAAUCAAAAAUGAUAAUAAAAUGGAUACAAAAUAAGGAGAUCAAAAGAAGAGAUACAAAACAAAACCAGUUUGGGCUAUGACUAAAGAAGUUAUUUAUCAUAUUUUAUAUUAUAAAAGGAAGAAGAAUAACAUACCAAACAAGAAGAAGAUGAAUUACUUGAUUUUGUUGAAAAUUUAGACUAUGAUUCAUAUAUAAAUGAUUUAGAAGUAAUCCAUUAAUAUAUAUGAAUUAAAAAAUAGGUUAAUGUUAUGUUAAAAGCAUUAUAAUAAAGAGUUUCUGAUAUAAAAAAAGAAGAAAAUUGGAAAGAUAAAUUAGAUUAAGGAGAUAAGAAAUAAGAAUAAAGAGAACCUGAUAUUUAUGAUAAAAUUAGUUAGUCUCUUGGAAAAAAUGAUGAAGCAAAAUCAGUACAUUCUGAAAAAACUUAAAGUAAGUAUUCAAUUAAUUAGAUUCAUUAAAUUAAUUGAGAAAGAAAUAAGAUUUAAUUUAAUAAGGUAAACAAGAUUGGGAUAAAACUACUACAAAUGGAGAUCAAAAAGUUUCUUUAGAAGAUCGAAUUGCUAAACAUGUUGCUGAUGAAAUUCUUAAUCAAUAUAAAGUAACACAUUUUAUAUAUAUGAAAUUCAUAGAAUAUAUCAAAUGUUCAUUCAAAUUCAUCAAUUAGAAAAAUUUUGGAAAGAGAAGCUAAGAAAACUUUAUAAGAGUAAUCUGUUCCUGGACCUGUGAUUUCAGUUAUUAAAAAUGAAAAAAUGCCUAAGGAUCCAAAUACUUUACCAUAUUUGCAUCGGAAUCCUGCUAUUUGA